CCAAACGUGUGGCGUCAGGUUCAUACACGCGUGCACCAGCAGGAACGCUUCAUCUGAAGCGACAUACGGGACUAUGCUGCUAUAACAUAACUAUGAGACGCUGAGAACUUCGCUUUGUCUACACUGCGAGCAAGAUGUCCAGCGAUUCGCGCGGGCGUCGGGGCGAUUCGCUGCCAAAGACGCACGCGAAAAGCGUCUUUUGCUUGGCGGACAAGGACCUUGAGGGACUGCAGGUCACUGAGAAGCGCAACCCGCGCUCCCGCAGUGCGCCACCCAUGAAACUGUACAUCCGUGCCGAGCUGGAGGCUGUGGCGCACCGCAAGUGGGGCGGCGCAGAGGGCCUGGCGGCCGAACAGCGGCGGCGGGAGGCGCGGCGGGAAACACGUGCCGCCGCAGCAGCGGCCUCCUCCCCUGGCGCUGCCGGGGACUCCGCAAGUGGAGGGGGCAACGGAAUCACAGCAGGUGACGUUGCUGCAGCAGCUGCAGGCGCAAACAUCGGCGUGGGUGGCGCUGACCGGGGCGGUUGGAGCUCGUUCGGCUGGCUACAGCUGCCGCCCCUGAUUACGGAGCGCAUCCGACAGGUGCUGCCGCUGCCGCCGCUGGGCAGUGGCAAUGCCGGUGGGGUUAGCGGCGGGGGUGGCAGUGCCAGCCUGGCCACGGCACCUGGAGCUGGCGCAGCGGCAUCGCGUCCGGCAGCGGGAACGCCAGCGCAGCGUGGCGGCAGCGUUAAGCGGCCGCGGCUGGAGGAGGGGGCGGCUGAGGCGGCUGGGAGGGCUGGGCCGCGCUCCGUACAGCUCAAUGCCAGGGUUGAAGCGGAUGCGGAUGUGGAGGUGGAGGUGGUGGACCUGGUCAUGGAAGAGGGCGGUGAGGAUGAGGGCGCCCGAGAGGUGGCCACCAGCGCAGACGGCACGCCGCAGGGGCAACAGGAGCUGACGGUGGGCAACGAAGGCAGGGGCGUUGCGGAGAAGGGGCUGGGCCGGACAAUCGCAGGAGGAGGAGCAGAAGCAGACGCAAGGGCGGGCGCUGCGGCCGGCGCGGCCGUUGAUGAUGAUGUCAUUGUGAUCUCAUCCUCGUCCUCUGAGGGUUCAGGGGCCUCGUCGUCCCACUCUGAGAGCGACGAUGAGCAGGACAGCGGCGGGCGCCUCGGCAGUCAUGCGCCAGAUGCGGCUCCGGCGGGGGCUGCGGCGGCACAGGCGCAACUGUUGGUGACUCAGGAGGGCGCAGCCGCCACUGCCUCGGUGGCGGCCAUGCACGGCGAGUAUGUGAUGUACUGGAUGAAGACCGCCGUACGCGGCCAUGAGAACCCAGCUCUGGACGCGGCGCUGGCGGCUGCGGCGGCUCUCAGGCUGCCGCUGCUGGUGGCGGCGUUUGUGCUCCCCGGGGCCAACUGUCAGGCGCACGGCAACCUGCGCCGCAUCAAGUUCCAACUGGAAGGCCUGCGGGAUGCGCAGAGGGAGCUGCAGCAGCGGCUGGGUCUGCGCCUUCACGUCCACGCGGAGGGCCUCACGGCAGCUGCGGCGCUGAGCGGCAGCGCUGGUGCCCAGUCCGCAACCAACGGCGCUGGCGACAUCAGUGCUCCCAGAGGUGUCCCCAGCAGCAGUACGGCAGCCGGCAGCGGUGUCAGCAGCUCUCCGUGGGGGGCGGGCUGGGAGGACCUAGUGGCAACUGCCAGCAGGGCGGCGCUGGUGGUGACAGAGGACAUGCCCGUGGACCCAGAUGCGGGCUGGCUGGCGGCUCUCGUGAGGCGACUGCAACGUGGCGGCGCCGGCGCUGAUGCCGCUGCGGCGACUGCCGUGGACGCGGCGGUGCCGGCCCCGGGCGUGUGGGCAGUGGAUACCAGUUGUGUGGUGCCUAUGCGGCUGGUGCCGCGGGCAUACGAGAAGGCGUACGCCUACCGCAGCGCGACUGAGGGUUGGCGAAGGCAACGGAUGCGGGCAGUGUACGCAGGCGGUCCAUACUGCUGGCCUGUUGCUGCGGCCUUGGCUGCGGCUGGCGGCACCGGUGCAGACGGCGCUGCCGCCAGCUCCCCUGUCGCUUCGGCUGCUGCGUCAGCCGGGGCCGGGCCCAUGCACCGCUUCCUGCACCGCGCCAGCGGCGCCAACGCCGCAGCCUCUGCGCAACCGGCGUCCGCCAGUGAUGGCGCGGGAUCCAGUGUUGGCGGUGGUGGCGCCGCUGGCAGCGCCGCCGCGUCACCUGCUGGGCCCGCUGCAGCAAGCAUCGCGCCGGAAUGGCCAUCGCUGGAUCUGCUUGCGCUUCCGGUCGGCGCCGAUGGCACCUGUGACCUGGGGGUGGUUGCAGCGUCAAUACCGGGCGUCGACAAGUCCGUGCCGGGUGUGAGCCACAUGAUUGGCGGCAGCGGCGCGGGCUACGCGCGCUGGGACGCCUGGCGGCGCGGCGGCGGCGUGGGCCGCUACGCCGCCAGUCGCAAUGACGCCAUGCAGCGGGGCGGGACCAGCCGCAUGUCCGCCUACCUACAUUGGGGCAUGGUGUCACCCUUCAGGGUCACGCGGGAGGCGGCGGCCAGUGGCGGCUCCGGCUGCGCCAAGUUCCUGGACGAGCUGCUGGUGUGGCGCGAGCUGGCAUACAGCUUCUGUUUCCACAGGUGCGGGCAGUUGGACUCGCUGGCUGUGCUACCGCGCUGGGCCCAGGACACAUUGGCAGCACACGCCUCCGACCCCCGGGCGGUCCGGAGCCUGCAGCAACUGGAGACCGGCACCACAGGCGACACCUUCUGGGACGCCGCCCAGCGGCAGCUGUCGACCCACGGCGAGCUGCACAACAACGUGCGCAUGACCUGGGGCAAGGCGCCGCUGGCCUGGUGCGCCUCGCCACAGGAGGCACUCAGCACAGUGCUGCACCUCAACCAUCGGUUCGCUCUGGACGGCUGUGACCCCGCCUCCUACGGCGGCGUGCUGUGGUGCUUCGGGCUGUUUGACGGACCCAAGGACCCCGCCAGCACUCCCAUCACCGGCACGCUACGGCGGCGGCCCACUUCCUCGCACGCGCGGCGUCUGGACCCCGCAGCCUACGAGGCGUUGCGGCCGUGAAGGACGGUCUGGGAUGCACCGGAGAUGCAGGGAGUGUAACGCACUCGCACAUAGGCGGCAAGGGACGACACGUUCGUUUCGCGCAAAAGUGCAAAGGAUUCGAGUACCGGGUCAAAAUUAGUCUCACAAAGGUGGGGGAGUAAUGGAGAAGUGCGGAGAGAUUUGCGUGCCCGCUCCCCGCAGCAGGGGAUGAGUAAGGAUGGCGCGGCUCCGGUUGCGUUUGCGGCAUGUGCAUCACUGUAAACGGUGCAGCGGUGUGCGUUUGGGUUGCGGCGUGUGCAUCACUGCAUGUAACGGGUCCCACUC